AUGAUAGCGCCAUGGCUAAACCAACGAGACAAAGUCCGAAAAAAGGAUGCAUCGCCAAGCUCACACAGAAAACGCAUUGUGAAAUGUCUUUGCCAGGAGGCACAUAGGCACUCAGCGGCGACAAAUCAUGAAACGACGAACCCCUGCCUUUUCGGACUGCAGUUUUUUUCUCAAGCAAGAACCGUUGGUGCGAUGGCUCCCCCACAAAGCUCUGGACUCCGCUCGGAGGGGCUUUUGCCCGCAGUUGGCGUUGGUGCUGCUGUUUAUUUCACGCUAAGUGCUAUAUCCCUCAGUACUUUGGGGCUAGUUGGCGUUGGUGCUGGGGUUGGCUACGGCGUGGGAAGUUGGGCGGUGGAGAAGAUCCGGCAGAAGCGUUGCGAGAAGCAGAUGGAGAUGUUGCCUGCGGAGCUCAAAGCUGCCCUGACGCAAUGGCACGCAUUCUUGGCAUCUCGUCUUGGACGGGAUUCACAACCCAAUCCCGCUGAAGCAGAGGCACUCUUCGCUGAAUUUGCCCAACUACAGCCCUUCUACGCUCAGCAGGUUCAGAACUUCGUCCAUGCCCACGGUGGCAGUACAGUUGGCGGAGGUGCGUAUGCAGAAGGGAGAGGUGUGUCAUCUAUGCAAGCAGGCCGUGUACCUGUUGCAGAAGUGUGA